CACACACACACAGCGCUCUGCCUGUUUUCUUUAUUGUAAUUAGAUACUAUGCUAGAUAAAUCAAGUGGCCUUUCUAGGCCUUUAAUGUAGGAUGUUGAAUUAAGAGCUCGGUUUACAGAGGAAGUUCAUUUUCAGGCCCAAUUAAGCGCGAAAUGAGCUUCCUAAAAUGGCUGCUUGCAAGGGAAAAAAAAUAUUGAGACGAGAGAUGAAGUCAUUCACUGAUUCAUUAAUGCGCUGUAGUUUCAAACUGAGGAGGAGGUUUUAUUUAUGUUUUUUUAAACAUCCCGCUAAGUCGGCUCUAUUAUUUCCGACGCCACGUCGGAAGCAGUGGUCUCCAUGGAAACGCCGAGGCACAAACUUUCGCUCUUCGGUCGAUGUCAGUUUUUCAGAAACAUGACUGGAGAGAGCGACUACAGCAAAUACGAUCUGGCCCGUCUGCAGGCAGAACUCGAGCAAGAGAGGGAAAUGAAAGAAAUGCUUGAAGAGUCAGUGUCUGACCUGCGGAGUACCAUGUGUGAACUGCAAGAAAGACUGCACAGUGUUGAUGGAGAAGGUAACGAGUGGAAGACGAGGUAUGAGACACAGACUGAGCUAAAUGGACAGCUGGAAAGGCAGAUCGCGCUCGUUCAUGAGAGACUGGAAGACCUACGAGGCAACCCCAUGGAUCGAUUGGCCUCCAUUCGAUCCUACGAUGACAUGCCAGUAGAAACACUGAGGCAGCGUCUGAAGCUCCUGACUGAAGAGAAGUGUGACCUCCAGACUCAGCUGAUGGACUGUCACAUCAGGACCGAGCAAGAGGGAAAGGCGUUUCAUAAAACCAAUGAUGAGAGACGGGCAUAUCUUUCAGAAAUUGCUAAACUGUCCUCCACCCUUGAGGCCCAGAGAAGACAGUGCUCCACUCAGCCACAGAGGGCGCUAGACGGCAAACUGAGGAGCUCAGUGAGGCACAGCAGAGUGAAGCAGAGCAGCAGGAAUGCAGAGGCUGAAUCUAAGAAAGAAAAAGAAAGAGAAGAGGAUGGAGGAGGUGUGCAUGUUAGAGGAGGAGGUGGUGGUUGUGGAGCAGCAGCAGAGAGAAGAGAAGAGAAAUCCCAAAGAGGAAGCAGGUUACCCACCCUAAAGCACUACCUGAAACACAAUCCAUAAUCCAAAUUCCCUUUUUUGCAGUAGAAAAUGUUAUAUCCAUAUAUUUUCAUUGUGUACUUACAUGUCAUUCAGCUUCCUAUGGCUCUUUUCGCAUUUGUCAAAGGCUGAUUGUGAGAAAACAAAGAAGUUUCUAAGUAGGUUUUCUACCCAUGUGCCACAGUCACUAUUAUAAUUCAGUGUUUAUUUUACAAAUACAGUGUUAGACUAAUGAUAAUGAAGCACAGCGUUAUUGUUUUCUUACAUGGGUCUUUGUAAGGAGAAAUAUGUAAGAGGGAGUAAUACAGUAUUACAGGCUCUGAGUGCAGUGAGGUCAUCUAAUGUGUGAGAAGCCUGCUGAGUCUAACAUUUCUAGUGUCACUGCAAUUUUUUUUUUUUACAAAGCACCUCCUACGACUCCUGUUACGUAAGCAGCACCACAUCCACCUCUCUCUCUCUCUCUCUCUCUCUCUCUCUGUGUAAUGUAGUUCAUCUACAGAGCAGCCAGUCACCCCCAUCCCACCCACUGACCGCCUUUAUAAAUGUGGGUGUAAGAAAUCUGGAUCCAUAUAAGAUGCAGCAAGUGAAUAUGAAAAUUGCCUGAAGCAUUUGUGUUUGUGAAGAAGUGUGGAGGAUGGGUUCAGAAACAAUGAAACAAUAUUUCAUAACAAAGGACAUGGUCUUAUAGGCAAAACCAGCAUGAAUUCAUCAGUCUGUCUUUUCUGUUCAGCUUUAGGUUAUGAAUACAACAGUCUUCUUCUUCAUUGAUUGGUCUAUAAGUUCUGUGAUGCUGUACUGAUUAGCUCAUGGAUUCUGACCUAUUUUUGAGAUUUUAGACAAAGACGUCACAAGCAAAUAACAGUUCGUAAAGAUGAAUUAUGUAAUACCCAAUCUGGGGCCUUAUUGUAUGUCAAAGACUGGCAUGGCAGUGUGUUGUAGUAACAGGGGAACUGACCUUUAACUGGAAGGUCAAAGAUCGAGCCCCAAGCAUCAGACCAGCUCAACUGUUCUUUAGCAUAACACUAAAUGCACCACCCUUUUUUUAGAAUUAUGGAACUUCAAGCUCUAUAAACUGAUAUUGAUAUAUUGCAACUAAUUUGGAUAUGACGCACUCAAAUAUGGUAUAAUCAGAGUAAUUUAUCAGUUCAUUCAUUCAAUAAAACGAAUCCAAAAAGUAUCACCUGACGACAUCAUCAAUCCGAACGCAAUGCUCUGAUUUCCAGCAACAGGAGGGAUUUCUUUGUGUUUGCUGGUAUUGACAUUACUGUCUAAAAUCAUUGGAACAGCACAGUGUGAAUUCUGUUUUAAGGUGUAUUUUCCCUUUACAGGUCCAAUUAUAGUUGUGAUACUGUAUGGCAGGCUGAGCUGGUGUACAGUCCUGACUCUGCUGCAGUGACAGGUUGUUUGUCUUAGAUUAAUGACUUAAUUUAAAGCUAGCCAGUCCAUGUUGCUUCAUGAAAGACUGAGCACAUUUGCAGCAGUGCACCACUCUCUCUCUCCCUCGUUCUUCUCUUUUCUUUUUUUUCUUUUCUGUUUCACGCACAAGCUCAUUUUAGUACAAUCCGCUGCAUCCUGCCCCCUUUGCUGACAGGUGAAACAUGGUGACAAAUCACUACAGUAUCUGUCAAAACACCAUGAAUCACACUGCUGCUUCCUGCCCAUGCUAAUUCAGUGUAGAGUAGUAGGGUAUACUGCAAAAGAAGUAGUAUAUGUGCAAGUGCAUAUAUGUGUUUAUUGUACAUGUGUGCAUUUAUUAGCAUACACGUGAAGUGACUUGAGUUAGAUUCUGACCUUUACAGCAGUCCACAUCCUCACACACCAUACUGUGUUGUGUGAAAUUGUGAAUAAAUGAUUGCAGCAUGAAGAUGCAACGAUUACUAACAGAGUAGAGGAGAGUAUCUUUGUAGCAUCUGUCAACAGUCUGACGGGGUGGCUUCUCAAAUUUCUCUCCUGGGCUGUGAAAUGAAGACAGAUUUAAUUCUCUGAAUUAUUCUAAAUGGGAUUCGCCACAGCAUGAAUCAUCAGUCCAUCCAUCCCCAUCUGAAUGAGUUCCAGCUUAGUGUUUAUUAUCAUUCACCUCACAGAAAUGCAUCUGCAGAGAUGUGCUAAAUUGUGCUUUUACUUGUGUUUUUUUUUUUUUAAGUGAGACAAGUAUUGUAGUCAAAAAGUGGUAGUCACAUCAAGUCACAGAGAGAAGGUCUUGGCUUAAAAAAAGUAGUAAUCUCUCUUUUUUAUGAUGGAUAGCUGAUCAUUAAACUGUCCAAUCCACAUUAAACAUACUCUGUAUAGUUUAAUUUAAAAAUAAAAUAAAAUGCGUCCUCAAAGAGACUUUGAUAGCCUUACUCACAAAUGCCAAAACUCUCUGACAUUUUAUGUACAAGUCAAUUGAAUCUCAGGAAACUGCUUAGUCAUGCUUCAGGAGCAAAGAUGACCUCUAUGAAGAAUUGCACCUAAUUUAUGUAAUAGAUGCAACAUUACCAUAUCAGUCUGAUUUUACUUUGACCAGUCAGUUAUUAAGGAGGAUGCAAAUAAACCACUAUAUUCUGUAUGCUUGAUUACUUUGAAAGGUGCAAUAGUUUCUGAGAAUGUAAUGUAUUAUCCAUUGCCUCGCCUUCUAUCUGCUUUAAAUCUGCUUUAGAUGCAACAAAUGUAUGAAUUCACAGCACUACUAAAAUCCAUUUUUCAUCUUUA